AUAGUGAUGAUGAGAUUCGAUAUAUCGCAUGAGUUGGUGGGAGAAAAACAAGGACAGAUAUUAUAGGGGGUGAGAAAGCAACGAUGCAACCCCUGUUUUUCAAUCGUUGCCGCUCGAUUCUGCGCCUUAGUUUGGUAUACGGGGCGGCUCCUAUAUUCCUAUUCACCUUUAGCGUUACCCCAGGAGUGCAUGAAUGGUGAUUUAACGCGUACCGAGAAAAAGAACCUUCGUGUCCAGCAGGUGCUGGACAAGUGAAAGAAUCAUAGUGCCUAGAGUCUCUUAUAAAGCACAAUGGUUACAGAUAGUGCCAGUCAGGCUGACGACACGACAGCAUUUCUUCGUGCUGCGCGGUCUGGGAACCUUGAAAAAGUGAUUGAAUUUCUCGAUACCGAUUUAGAUAUUAAUACAGCUAAUUCGAAUGGUUUAAAUGCUUUACACUUAGCAUCGAAAGAUGGUCAUGUUGAAAUAGUAACAGAAUUAUUAAAAAGAGGUGCUACAGUGGACGCAGCUACAAAGAAAGGAAAUACUGCGUUGCACAUAGCUUCGUUGGCUGGCCAAGCGGAAAUAGUAAAUAUUCUCAUUCAGUAUGGUGCUGCAGUUAAUAUUCAAUCUCAAAAUGGUUUUACACCUUUAUACAUGGCUGCGCAAGAAAAUCAUGAUCAAGUUGUUAAAUUGUUGCUCAGUAACGGCGCCAAUCAAAGUCUUGCUACAGAGGAUGGAUUUACACCUCUCGCUGUUGCAAUGCAACAAGGACACGAUAAAGUUGUCAGCGUUCUUUUAGAAAAUGAUUCUAAAGGAAAAGUUAGAUUACCAGCACUUCAUAUUGCGGCUAAAAAAGAUGAUUGUAAGGCUGCUGAUCUAUUAUUGCAGAAUGAUCAUAAACCUGAUGUUACAUCGAAAAGUGGCUUUACGCCUCUACAUAUCGCUGCCCAUUAUGGAAACGAAGAAAUAGCACGUUUAUUAAUAAAAUGUGGAGCUGAUGUGAAUUAUUUAGCAAAGCAUAAUAUAAGCCCUUUACAUGUAGCAGCGAAAUGGGGUAAAAACAAUAUGGUUAAAGUAUUAUUAGAAAAUUCUGCGCAAAUCGAUGCUAAAACCAGGGAUGGUUUAACACCGCUUCAUUGUGCAGCAAGAUCUGGUCAUGAACAAGUUAUUACCACGCUUCUUGAACACUCUGCACCUAUUAGUGCACGAACGAAAAAUGGACUUGCACCAUUGCACAUGGCAUCACAAGGAGAUCAUGUGGAUGCAGCAAGAGUAUUAUUAUAUCAUCGAGCGCCAGUAGAUGAAGUUACGAUCGAUUAUUUAACGUCUCUUCAUGUUGCCGCACAUUGUGGACAUGUUAGAGUUGCGAAAUUACUUCUGGACCGGAAAGCUGAUCCGAAUGCACGAGCUUUAAAUGGCUUCACACCACUGCAUAUUGCUUGUAAGAAGAAUCGAAUAAAAGUUGUUGAACUCUUAGUAAAACAUGGAGCAUCGAUCGAGUCUACUACCGAGUCUGGACUGACUCCAUUACAUGUGGCCAGUUUUAUGGGAUGUAUGAAUAUCGUGAUAUUUCUACUGCAACACGAAGCCAAUCCUGAUGUGCCAACUGUUAGGGGUGAAACACCUCUACAUCUGGCAGCUAGAGCUAAUCAAACAGACAUUAUUCGAAUUUUAUUACGAAACGGAGCCAAAGUUGAUGCUCGCGCAAGGGAACAACAAACACCCCUUCAUAUUGCAUCACGAUUAGGAAAUAUUGAUAUUGUUAUGUUACUUCUGCAACAUGGUGCAGCAGUUGAUACUACCACAAAAGAUAUGUACACAGCAUUGCACAUUGCAGCAAAAGAAGGGCAGGAGGAGGUGGCAACUAUUCUUGUGGAAAACAAUGCUUCUCUUAAGGCUACAACUAAAAAUGGUUUUACUCCUUUACAUAUCGCAGCUAAAUAUGGCAAUAUGAGCGUUGCAAAUAUUCUUUUGCAAAGAGAUAGUAAACUUGAUGCACAAGGAAAGAAUGAUAUUUCUCCUUUACAUUUGGCUUGCCAUUAUGAUCAUCCAAAUGUUGCAAAUCUUUUGUUAGAAAAAGGAGCAUCUCCUCAUUUAGCUUCUCAAAAUGGACAUACUCCUCUACAUAUUGCUGCUCGUAAAAAUCAGAUGGAUAUUGCUUCUACUCUCUUAGAGAACGGAGCAAACGCGAAUGCUGAAUCCAAAGCAGGAUUUACACCAUUGCAUUUAAGCGCACAAAAAGGACAUUAUGAUAUGACAAAUCUGUUAAUCGAGCAUGGAGCUGAUCCAAAUCAUAAAUCAAAGAAUGGUCUCACCGCACUACACUUGUGUGCUCAAGAAGAUUUUAUCAAAGUGGCUUCUAUACUCGUGAAAAAUGGUGCAAACGUUGAAAGUGAAACCGAAACUGGUUAUCGACCAAUACAUGUCGCGGCACAUUUCGGGAAUCUUUCGAUGAUUAGAUUUCUUUUAAAACACAAUGCAACUAUCGACGUAAAAACUAAUCAAAAUUACACUCCGUUGCAUCAAGCUGCUCAACAAGGUCAUGCACAUAUUGUUAGUGCAUUAUUAGAAGGAAAUGCUUCGCAUAAAGCUCGAACGAAUGAUGGACUGACUGCAUUAAAUAUAGCUCAAAAAUUAGGAUAUAUAUCUGUGAUGGAGGUAUUGAAGGGAUUGUCUUAUGAUACCUUGGCGCCUGAUAAUAAAAAUUGGGACGAGAAGUACAAAGUUAUCGCACCUGAAAGUUUGCAAGAAACUAGUUUUAUGUCUGAUUCUGACGAUGAAGGAGGUUCAGAUGCAUUGAUCAGCGAGCAGCCGUAUCGAUACCUUACAGCAGAUUUGAUGAAAAGUUUAAGAGAUGAUUCAUUGCCUAUUGAUGUUACACGGGAUGAUCCAAUACAUAGACAAGUUACAAAAGAAGAAAAACAGGAUUUCACUCAAAGCAAUAAUUAUUGUCUAGCAGAAAACUUUGAUACUGAUGGAUUUAAUUUGGGCCGACUUCAUUUCAGAUCAUUUUUAGUAAGUUUCUUGGUGGACGCACGAGGAGGUGCUAUGAAAGGAUGCAGACAUAGCGGUGUACGUAUCAUUGUGCCACCACGUAGAGCAACAAUGCCGAUUCGUGUUACGUGUAGAUUGAUAAAACCUAAUAAAGUUGCAAAUCCUCCUCCUUUAAUGGAGGGAGAGGCUUUAGCAACUCGUAUCAUAGAAAUGGGACCAAUUGGUGCUACGUUUCUAGGCCCAGUUUUAAUCGAUAUACCACAUUUCGCGUCUAUUCGAGGCAAGGAGAGAGAGAUCAUUAUUCUUAGAAGUGAUAAUGGUGAAACGUGGAAAGAACACGAUAAUUCUGCUGAUAACGAUAUCUCUCUAUUAAACACUCCAUAUGAUCCUCAAAUGAGCGCUACUCAUUCUGGCAGAAUUACCCGUAUAAUAACAACCGAUUUUCCCCAAUACUUUGCUAUUAUCACGAGAAUCAAACAGGAGGUUCACGUGAUUGGCGCCGAGGGUGGAAUUUUAACAUCGAGUGUGGCCAACGACGUCCAAGCAGUCUUUCCACCAGGAGCAUUAACAAAGAAGAUUAAAGUUGGAUUACAAGCUCACGUCAUUCCGGCAGAGCUUACAGCAAAGUUACUAGGAAAUUGCGUAGCUGUUUCACCUGUAAUAACGAUCGAGCCGAGAAGACGAAAGUUUCAUAAACCAAUCACCCUUACGAUACCUGUACCACAAGCAGCAAAUAAAGGGAUGAUUAAUCAAUAUGGUGGUGAAACACCAACAUUACGACUUUUAUGCAGUAUUGCAGGUGGAACCAGUGAGUCACAAUGGGAAGAUGUUACUGGGUCGACACCAUUAACUUUUAUGAACGAUACAGUGUCCUUUACCACAACUGUAUCCGCUCGAUUUUGGUUAAUGGAUUGCCGAAAUAUAGGCGCAGUUCCAAAAAUGGCAACCGAAUUGUAUGAAGAAUCGUUAUUUGUGCCAUAUAUUACAAAUUUUAUAAUAUAUUCGAAACGAAUGGAUGUGCUUGAAGCAACAUUAAGAGUGUUAUGCAUGACCGAUGGAAAAGAAGGAAUGCACACUUUGGAAAGGCAAGAGGAAUUUGUCGAAAUUGUAAAAAGCCGCGAUGUCGAAGCACUCGAUGGGAAAGAUCUUUAUAUUGAAUUCAGUGGAAAUUUAGUACCUGUGACGAAAUCGGGAGUACAAUUGAAGUUUACUUUUAAAGCUUUUCGUCAAAAUCGUUUAUCUUUUCACGUAAAAGUGAAAGAUCCGUUGUUGGAUCCGGUUGCUAGGAUGCUGUUUAUGCGAGAACCGAAAGUAGCGAAAGGAGAACCGCCUCAACAACCAAUUUGCGUGUUGAAUAUUGUUCUUCCAGAAAUUAUAACUAAAGUUGAAGUACAAAAGAAAUUGAAAGAUUAUGAAGAUUCGAAUAUUAUUAGUCAAAAAUUGGAUUCUUAUGAAUCGAAAUACAAGAUGGAACAAAAAGAGAAAGGCGACGAACCUAAGGAUAUUUCGCCUUCCGAAAAGAAAUUUAUUACCGACACCUUGCAAAAAGAACGAACAGAUGCUGUUACUAUCCACGAAUUCCUUGCGCAAAAAGCGGCUUCUCCCCUAGAAUCUGUAGAUGCUAGUUAUCCCAGUAAAGUAGUCGGGCAAGAGCAAGAUUUGUCGCCAAGUGUCGAGAGACAAACCUAUUCAGAGAAGAGGAAAUUCUGGGAGGAUAUAUCAAGGAAACGGGAAAGUUAUCAGCGAUCGGAAUCGGAGGUGUCGAGAACCUCGCAGUUGACGAUAAACGAGAGCGACAGCGAGUACAUACAGAAUGUAAUCACCGAGGACACGGCAGACAUUGGCCAGCAGCAAAUCGACAAGUCUGAAACGUUAGAAGAUUUGAACGUGCCCGAUAUAUCCGAGUGUUCUGUGGCGGAGAAAGCGCAAUACUUCGAGGAGCAAAUACAAAAAGAAACGACGAAACUUCCGCCCAAGUUGCAUCAACAGGAUUCGUUGAAAUCCGAGAAAGAGAAGGUAACGAAGAUUAAGAUAAGCGAGAAGGAGAAGGUGGAUAAGGAUGAGAAGUAUGUGACUGAAUUGAAACAGAAAAAGAUAGAGGAGAAGAGGAUGGAGAUUGUUACGUUGCAAAAGGAAGAACAGAAAGAAGGUGAGAAAAAGGAGAGAAGAUUGUCUGAUGAGGAUGAAAAGGAAAAGGAUGAAAGUAAAUACGUGGAAGUAAGCGAGGUAACAUCUGCGGUGUCUGUGUCUGAAAAAGAAUUGGAGAAAGAAAAGGAAGAUUAUGUGAAACUUGAUGAAGUCGUAACCGAGGUAUCUGUAAAACCUGAAAAAUUAGAGAAAGAUAUUGAAAGGUUAGAGUCUACGCCUGUUAUAACAUCUGUAGAGAAAAUUGAGAAAAUUACGAUAGGAAUGGAAGAAAAAAUGAUGGAACCGUCGAUGAUUAUCGAAGAAAAAUCGGUUGAUGAGAUUAAACGAGUGAUUGAAGUAGAGAAAAUGAAAAUUGUGGAGGAAACUCCCGUACUGAUAAAAGAUCAAUUAGCCGAAUCAAAAGUUGAAGAUGUUGUGAAGGAAGAAAGGAAAACAGUUGUUAUCACUGAAGUACCUGCACAAGAUAUCGUAGAAGAUGUAAAAAUAAAAAGAGAAGAAGUACAAGAGUCAAUUACACAAGUAAGUAUAAAAGAGAUGGAAGAAGAGAAACUAAAGGAUGUUACAAAAUCUAUAGAAGUAAGCGAGCAAAAAGAAAGACUGAAAGAAGAAAUAGAAGAAAAAGUGGAAUUAAUAUCGGAAGUAAAAACGAAAGAAAAAAUUAUAGAAGAGAAUGCAGAAGACAAGAAAGUGGAAGUGAAAAAAUCUAUUCCUGAAGUGAGUGUAGAACGAGAAACGAUAGAAGAAACUAUAAAAGAAAAAGAAAAGGACGUCGAAGUUACGAAAAUAGUUAUUCACGAAGAAAUUAUAAAGAAACACGUAGAACCAGAAGUGCAAGAAUUUAUUGCAGAAAUUGGUCCAGAGGAAAAAAUCGAAAAGGAAAGCACAGAGCAAAAAGAAGAAGCGGAAACAAUUGUUACAGAGACAACUACGAAAGAAGAAACAGUGGAAGAAAGAAUUGAAGGAAAAGAGAAAGAACCAGAAAAAAUAGAUACGGAAAUAUUUUUACGAGAAAGUAUUAAGGAAGAUGUAGAACAGAAAGAAAAAGAAGAAAAAGAAAUUGUGAAGCAAAAAGAGGAAAAGAAAGAGGAAUACGUAGAAGAAGUUACUACAGAUAUAAGCGAUGAACUAAAAGAAAUAGCUACCGAGAAAAAGCAGGAAGAGAUAUUAGAAUCCAUUACGGAAAGAAAAACGGAAGAUGUGAAAGAUGAAGGUGAAGAAUUAAAAAUGGAACCUGCGAAGAAAAUAGAAAAGGAGGUGGAAGAAAUUAUUACAGAAAGGAAAUUACAACGAGAGAUAAUCGCAGAAGCGGAAGCGAAACGAGAAAAAGCGCAAGAUGAAGUUGCGGAAAAAGUCGUGGAAAAAGAAGAAAAGGAAGAAAAGGAAGAACAAGAAGUUGUUACAGAUUUAACCGUCCGAGAAAGAACAUUAACGCCAGAAACAAAAAGGGAGGAGGUCAUUAGGGAAAAAAUGGGUGGAAGACGUAUUAUAACGGAAGAAACUACUAUCAUCUAUAAGGUACAGAAAGAUGGUACUCUGGUGCAAGAACAAGUAUUGAAAUCCGUUCAAGUGGAAGGGGGAAGCGACGCUUUAGGCGCAUUAACCCAAAUGCCUGAAAGUAAAAUCGAGACUAAGGUAAUUCAUGAGAUAGAAUCGAUUGGCGAUGUCAAACCUGAGAUCACUUUCUCAACGGAUAUUAAACAGGAGAUGCAAAAGUUUAUGGAGGAAGAAAGAAGACCAGAAGUCGAAGUUAAGGAGGAAAUAAGACUGAUUGAAAAAGAAAAAUUGGAGAAAGUAUUUCCUGAAUCGAUUGUAAAGGAAGAUAAAGAAGUUAAGGGGAAAAAGAAAAGAGGAGAAGAAGAAGAAGAAGAAAGAGAAUUAAAGAAAGGAGAGAAAGAAAAAAUUUCACUGCACAAAGAAAUAAUAACUGAAGUUGAAACGAAACAAGUUAAGAAAGAAUUCGAGUCGCGUAUUCCUAUUUCAACAGCAAAGAUGGACAAAGAUAAAAUUCAAAAAGAAACGAAGCUUAAAACCACGAUAGAAGAGAAACGUGUUCCAAGUAAACUGGAAGUCGAUAAAGAAUUAAUCAUAGAAAAGGAAGAUAUUUCGCCAACGACUAGAAAGAAGGAAUUCGAAUCUCGAAUACCGAAGCGUGUCGUGGAUGUUAAACCAACGUCUGAUAAAGCUGGAAAGAGGGAUACGCACGUAAGAAAAGAGAGCGAAUCGUACACGAUAACGGAGAAGAAAUCGAGCGAAGAAAUAACUUCAAAAUUGGAGGAACAUUUAACGACGAAAAGCGAAACGCAAACAUUUUCGAAAACUUUCACCGAUCCUCAGGAAGCUUUUAAAAUGUUCGAGGAUAUGGAUAAUUUAGGAAAAGGUAGUGAAUUCGCAACAGUGACGUCUAAGAUCGAUCAUAAAACGUCGACCAUGCUGGAGAAGAAAGAAGUUGUAUCCUCGGAGAUCUCCACCGGCAAGGACAAGGUUAUCACGCACGAGGAGAAGGAACGGGUGGAAAAGAAGAAAUCGUUGGAAUCGCAAUUGAAGAAAGAGUCGCCGACCGAAACGUUGGAAGAGAAAAGCACCAGGCGGGAGGAAUUGGACAAAACGGCGAUUCAAAAAUUGUCGAUGAACUUGACGGACACUCAAAACAUAAUAGACGCGGCCGCGUCCGAAUCGAGGGCUGAAACGAAAAAAGAGGAGAUAUUUAAAAAGUUAUCGGACGAAGAGGGAGUGACGACUCAAGAGGCAGGUAGCAGUAUAUCGAGAGAGAGCGACGCAGACGUAGCUAUACGAAUAAAGAAAGAGAUUCCUAGGAAAGGCUACGAGGAGGAUGUGAAAGUGGUGGAGGGAAAAGCGACGGAAAGGAUAUCGAGGCCGGUUGCGGAUACGGAUCAAAUCGAGACACUCGCUCAAGGGGAAUCGCACAAAGAGACGAAAGAAAGUUUCAACGUUGUUCAAUUCGUGCCAAGCGAGAAGAAGAGAAUGAAGGAGAAGGAGAAGGAGAAGGAAGAGUCGGAAUCGUGGAAAGAAGAGAAGGAGGAAGUAGCGCGACCGAGUGUAAGUUUGGAGGAGCAGCAACGGCAAAAGUUCAAAGAGAUCGAGGCGCGUACCAUAGCGGAAACUCUGAUUCAAUCGAUCGAGAGCGAGAUUGAAGCGAAAUCAGCGGCGGAUUUGAAAGCGGAGUUACUCAGCAAAGGAUAUUUGGAACAAAUAAUAAGCGAAAGCGUGGAAACGGAUCACGAGAAAUUGGCGGAUGACUUGACACGCAAAUUCGAAAGUAUCAUGAAGAGAACGGCGCAGGAGAAGGCAGGGCGCGUGGAAUCGCCGCCGAGGUUCAGAUCGUCGAUACAGGAGGAAUCGUUGGAGAAAAGUUCGACCAGGGACAGUAUAAGCGUUAGCGAGGAUAUAACCAGGGACGAGGAAUCGUCGCCCCACGAGAAAGAAGAAAGUUUCCCCCUUUCAUCGUCCCAGGCUAAACUCCAAGACAGAGAUAUUACCAUGAGCCCCAGCAGCAUAUCAGAACAGAUAGAUUUCGAAGAAACGAUCGACGUGGAUACGAACGAGUUGGAGAGCGUGUCGAAACCAACGAUAAGCCCGCAAUACGAGAAACAACGAUCGAGCAGCCAGGUGAGUUUCCCUCCUGAUAAGAUGGUGUCCGAGAUUUCAGGCGCCAGAGUUUUGGAAAUACUGGAACCAGGUAUGGACAGUCAAUCCAGAGAAGAUUCGGUCGACGUGCCCUCGUUAGAGAUGGACGAGCAUAAAAUAUCGGAACAGACUAGUAGAGGAAUACCAUCGUUGCGCGAGAGCGCGGAAAUGGAUUCGUUCGAGAAGUUGGCUCAAGAACGAGAUAUCACGAUCAGUCCUAGCACCGUGUCCGAGGAUACGAAUAUAGAUUAUUCUUUGGUGCAAGAGUCGUCUCAUCCUAUUGGAGGAUCCCAAAGAGAAUUGCCUAUGAUAAGCACGAAAAGAGCGGACAGUUUCGAAAUCGAAAGUCCUCCGCUCGUUUCGCCGAAACCGAAGCUUCGUGGCCUCGAGAUAAUUAAGCCUGUCGAUUGGAUGAUCGGUGACGAGAAGAUCGAAAUAUCGGAGACGUUGCAACCGUCUCAGAUCUUUAAUCAAGAAUUGGAGGCGUACGAAACGAUGAUCAAGAAGAAGGAACGAUUGUCCUCGUUGGACGGAUCGACGGAUCACGAACAGGAGUCCGGUACCAAAUCGUCGGAGGACAUCAGUGUGAUAGAAUCGACGAGAGAGGCAGCUGUUGCGGACGAUCGUAAACCUACGAAAUUCACCGUGAUUCCCGUCAGCGAGCAAGAUUUUGAAAACGAAUUGGUGGAGAAUAAAUUGGACGUUAGUUGUCAGGAAUUGGUGGACACGUUGCAGCGCGAAUACGACGCAAAAACUCCUAUCGAGGAAUACGUGGAAAGUACUCAACAACAAGUUGUCGCGUCUACCGAUGAAACGAUGGAAUUGGAAAAACACGAAAAAGAAGUUUUGCAAGUGGAAAAAUCGGUUGUGGAAGAAGAACCUAGCGAUCCAACUACAGUCGAAGAGCAAAGGGUAGAAAAGAAAGAAGAGGUGAAAAAAGAAGUGAAAGAAGAGGUGAAAGAAGAGGUGAAAGAACAAAUGAAAGAAGAAAAGAAAGAAGAGGUGAAAAAAGAAGUGAAAGAAGAGGUGAAAGAAGAGGUGAAAGAACAAAUGAAAGAAGAGGCGAAAGAAGAGGCGAAAGAAGAGGUGAAAGAAGAGGUAAAAGAAGAGGUGAAAGAAGAAGUGAAAGUAGAGGUGAAAAGAGAAGUGAAAGAAGAGGUGAAAGUAGAGGUGAAAGGAGAGGUGAAAGAAGAAGAGACGAUGAAGAAGGAAGACGAAAAGGAGGAGGAAAGAGGGAAAGAAAAAGAAGAGGCGAGGGAAGAGGAGAAAGCGAAAGACGAUGGGUUGGCUAAACCUUUGAAAAGCGAGGAAAGUAAACAGGAGAGAGUCGUGGCAAAGCCGGAAAUCGAACUGAAAUUAGAGAAAACAACCGACGAGUUGAAGGAAUGGACGGAAGCUUAUUUGUCGAAGAUGAAACCGUUGAGCGAGGAUUACAAAAGGCAUAUGGAGAAAGCUACGGAGAAGCACGACAAGCCUGGAAGAUCGACGACAGUUCCUUCCGACACUUGUGCCUUGAAAAUAAAAAAAGAUGAUCUCUCUAGUGUUGAUUUAAGUGCACGAUACGCUAUAACCGUUCUAGAUCAGGUAGUUAAAAAAGAGAUAGCCGAGGUGAAGGAGUCUUUAGAGGCGGCUAAGCAAGACCUGAUAGAGGAAUUAAGCGAAAAUAGUGAAACUGUGAUCCAAAUAAAAGAUUCCCCCUCAGAGUUCCGGUUUAAAUUACAACCAAUUUACCAUUUUACCGAAUCCAUUCCCAACGAUUUACCAUUUUUAUUCACACCAGCGUAUCCUGCUGCCGAGCAAACCCACGAGUCGGAUACCGAAGCGACAAAGAGGGAAUCCCCCGUUGAUGAAUCCCAAUCGAAAUGCGAGACGAAGGAUACCGAUCGAGGCGAAACGGAGAUGGAUGAUGGAUCCGGUGGUAUCGAGGAACCGAUACGUCAAACGCAAAAGGAUACACCUGUGAUUAAAACCGAUAAGUCUGACGUAGAGACUGCUGUAAUAACCGUCCACGAAGAUACGAAAGACGAGGAGGAAGCCCGCGAAGAGGAACAUCCUAGCCCCGUGCCUGCCAGCAUGUCAGGCUCGGACAUAGACAAUAAAGACGAAAGUUCUUCUUUGGCAUUACCGCGCCCCGUACUUAGAAGACGCCAGAAACCCGGUAGAAGUGCUAAACGCAUCACAUCCGACAGCGACGCGGACCUCGGUUCUAGUUCCGGCGAGAGUAGUAAUUAUCAAUCGUGCGACUACGAAAUCGGUAGCGGUAGCCGACCUAGUUCUUCCGACGUGGAAGCGAUGCAAUCGUGCGGCGUACCUUCCGCCACUGCUUCGGAAUACGAAACUGCGAUGAUGUCCGUCGAGCACUCGACCUCUUCCAAACCAACCUCGCAGGAGUAUCAGACAGCGGCCACGACCAUGAGCUCGCGCGAAUCGAUGAAGUCUCUGACCUCUUUGAGCUCCGGUCAUCUUGGCAGCAUCGACAGUACCAGCGAAUUGUCCGAGACUCUGGUAGCGUCUGAAGCGGACGCGGAUAAAGAGGAGGAGGAGGAGGAGGAGGAGGAGGAGGAAGAGGAGGAGCGCCUGGACGGUGCUCUGGACGAGGAGCAGACCGAACAGUCUGACUCUUCCGGUAGCGAUAUACCGAUUGACGAGCCGAUGGACGAUAUCUACAAUCGGGCGCCCUGUCGUAUGAAACGAUCGUCCGAAAUGAUCUUCCCUCAAGUCCUCGAGGCGGCCGCUCUCGAGGAAUCGCCGGCCAAGGACACCAAGGGUAUAGACUUCGCCACGUCCACCUCGAGCUCAGAAGCAACGGGAGCUGGCCCUGUUCGAUCCGUCGAUAUAAUGACGUCGCGAGUUUCCGAGGACGGGGUGCAAAGUGUGUGCACUCAAGUAAUAUCGACUCGAGGCGUGGAGGCGGAGACAGAGGCCGAGGUCGAGGUGGGAAAGGUCGAAAGGCUUCCAGAGACGGGGACGGGUGAAAAGGACGCGGAGGAAGGGACAACGUUGGACGUGCAAGCGAUCGAGUCCGAGCUUUUGGAACAGAGAUACGGAAGCGCGACGGGGCAAGGCCCGAUGAGCGAAAGCCCGGAAAUGUCGAUGCAAACGUCGACACCCUCUAUAGUGCAACAGGCUUCGAUGUCGACGUCCUCGACGUCCGGCGUGUCUAUAGACACGGUGGUGGGGAAAGAGAAGUCGACGGAUCGUCAAUCGCCUGACAGCGAUUCGUUCGAGAUGGUCGACAAACCCGAUAUCAUCGACGAUUUCGUGGUCAUAGAGGAAGUUGGCAGAGAGGCUGAGGAAUACGAUUCCGAAGGGAAAAGUAUACGUAUCAGUUCUAUACCCCAGGUGAUCGGCAAACAGUACGAUCGGGAUCUUGAAAACCUUAUAACCGAGAACAAGGAAGAUUCGCAAGUGUCGACGAGUCAAGCGUCGAAGAACAACGAAUUGUUCGACUUCGAAUCGGAGGAGAGCCCGCCUCAAGUCUCGAAUGACGAUCAAUAUUCCCAAUCGUACUCGGACGACGAGCAAUACGAGGGGGGGAAGAAAUGGAUAGAGAUGCAAUUCCACGCGGAUCCACGGGUCUACGACAUCGAGUACGAUCGAGGUCCUUUGGAGGAUAUAAAGGAGGAGGAGAUCACCGACUUCGAGGCUGGCAGCAGUAGAUUCGGAAGCUUGGGCAGUCACAAAGAAUCGAUAGGAAGCGUGGGUAGUAUGCGAGGCAGUUUCGGGAGUACGCCCGACUACGAUGUCCUGGCCGGUAGGAAAUAUUUCACCAGGCCAUCCGAUCACGACAACGUGUCGUUGAGCUCGUUGCAAGAGUUCGAGAACCUGGAGAGCGCUGUCGCGGCUGAGAAUUCUAGAAAAUUGCAAUGCGGCUCCCACGAUUCCGUGAACAACGGCAGUCUUCCAAGGAGGUACAUGACCAGCCGAUCCGGCCACGGCGACGACAUCUCGUUAUCUUCGUUGAAGGAUUUCGAAGGGCUCGAGAGAGCUUGCAGGGAGGCGCAUUUAAUCGAAUUGCGCGCAAGGGAGGAGGAAGACUUGUUGGAACACGAAAGCCCCGAGAACAAGUACAAAUUGGAAAGCCUAACGCGAACGAGGGUCGACACGAGCACGGCCGGCUCGUUCAACGCGAGCACAUCGGGCUCGGACGAUUACGAGAAGAGAAUAAAAGAGAUCGACGAGAUAAUACGGAUAGCCCAGUCGAACGUGGAGAAGUCCGAUCGGCAAGACGACACGACGGAGGACAUUUCGCAAAUCGAAAUCACGGACGCUGAGAAAAUUGGGUCUCAACCAGGCGUGCAACCUGUUUCGAAACCGGAGGAGGAACUAGAGGAACCGACCCCGUUGCCUCUUCAAAGAGAGAGCAACGUUAUGGAGACGAGUACGGAUUCCCUCGAGCUGGAGGAUAAUAUGGAUAAGAAACAUCAUCAAUUAUGCCGAAGUUCCGACUCGUUAGAGAUGAAAACCACGCUAGAUUUUCCUUCGUUGAGUUCGGACUCGUUGAACAAUGUGCGAGACGCAAGGGAGAUGCAGUCGGACGUAGCUGAACACGCGAGCAGCGUUAGGCGUAUUUCUUCGGACUCGUUGGACAUGCCUUUGCUCGAACAACAAGAUUCCGAAAGGCCGAGCAACGAAGAUGAUCGUUCGGAUGGUGUCACGUCGGACAAUUCCUUGGAGCACAGAUCGGAUGCAGGGGAAACCGAUAGAAGCGAUAGAGCGAGGACAACACCGAGCACCAACACAUAGGAAUAUUUUCGUAGAUAGUGGACCAUCAAAGUGAAUUUGUUACAACGUUGGUUCUUGAGGCUACAACGAUGUAUUAUUGAACCAAUUGAAAUGCUUUACGUAAUGCAACAUAAUAUAAUGAAAAAUGAAGUACUAAAAGAAAUACUUGCGCGUUGUGCAUAUGCAAGGUAUUAAAAUGCAUUUAUCUUUAUUUUAUGCGACGUUUUAUAAGAAUAUAAUUGUUUUAUGAUGCUUAAGUGAAAUAGUUAUUAUCUUUAAAAUAUAGGAUUGUUAUUAAAAUGAGGUAGAAACACGAAUGACGCUUAUUCAUUUCGUAUUAAAAUUUAUCAAAAAAAGAAAAAAAAAAAAGAAAAAAAACAAAAAUUGUAAUUGCUUUCGAUCUACUUAUUUCAACAAUUAUAAAUUAUCUUGCUUCGUUGUUCACGAUUGUUUACAGUAAUUAAGUUUAUAUCGCAAAAAUUGUACUUUUUAAAUGUUAUUCUCGUAUGUCCUACUUGUAUGAUAAUACUUAUAUAAAAAAAAAAUGUCAUGUUUUUGUAAAUUUUUCGAUUAUAACGUGUCUUUGUGACUACGCUUUCUUAAGGUGUUGACAGUUAUGAACACUUUAUAUUUGCAUACUGAUUUUCAAAAAACGUUUACGAGUUUGCUCUAAUACUCGUUAAUCUUAAUUGCAAGUGUUCACGAAAGAACAAAAAAUAUAUUAAUUAAAUAGAAAAUUUUAUAUACAAACUGUAAUGUAUAAGAUCUUAGGGAAAAAAAAUAUAUAUAUAUAAAUAUACAUAUAUAUAUAUAUAUAUUAUCAAGAGAAUGCAUUCUCUGAUUAAUGUAUGAUGCAUAUGUGCAAAUGUUAUAGACAUUUUUUGUAUGCGAAGUUUUAACCAAUUAUGAGAUAUUGCUUUAAUCUAUUUGCUGAUAAUGAAUUCGAUGUAUUUUAUCGAUCGUGAGAACGAUUUUUAACGUUAUGUCAAAAUUUUAACGAUGUUUUUCAUUUAUCUGUUUUUCAUAAUCUGUUUUUUCUUUUCAUCGAUGAAAAUAUAAAUCUAUAUGAACAAAAUAAAAUAUUCAUCAUUUAUUGAAACCCCAAUAUUCUUUGCGAUAAUUGCUUGGACUACAUAUUUGAUAGAACUUCAAUUAUUAUAGCAAUAACUUUGUCUAUAUACAAUAUAUUAUAAGUUUAAUUAAUAAAUGCAAAAAUCAUGCGUACAAAACGUUGUAAAAUAAAAUGAAAAGAACAAUGAAGAAAUACAAAAUACAUGCUACACACACGAAA